AUCACCUCACCUGAAAUAAGCCAGGUGUUUGGAGAGUUGAUAGGAAUAUGGUAUAUAAGUGAAUGGAUGGCCAUGGGCAGACCUAGCACCUUCCAGCUGGUGGAACUGGGCCCAGGGAAGGGCACCCUUACUGAGGAUAUACUGCGGGUCUUCAGCCAGCUCUCCUCUGUACUUAGUAAAUGUGAUGUCUCUGUUCACCUGGUAGAAGUGAGUCCCAAGCUCAGCGAAACCCAAGCACUGACGCUGAUGGGAGGGAAGGUGCAGCCAAACCCUGAGGACAAUUCUGCUUACAUGAAAGGUGUUAGCAAGACUGGAAUUCCCAUUUCUUGGUACAGAGACAUUCAAGAUGUGCCUCCAGGUUACAGCUUUUACUUAGCACAUGAGUUCUUUGAUGCCCUGCCAAUACAUAAGUUUCAGAGAACAGAGAAAGGCUGGCGUGAAGUGUUGGUUGAUAUAGAUCCAGAAGCUCCUGACCAGCUGCGGUUUGUCCUGUCACCAUCCAGUACUCCUGCAACAGAAAACUUCAUUCAGCCAGAAGAAACAAGAGACCAUGUGGAAGUGUGUCCUGAGGCUGGUGUCAUCGUGCAGAGACUUGCCUGUCGCAUAGAAGAGGAUGGUGGGGCUGCACUGGUGGCGGAUUAUGGUCAUGAUGGAACCAAAACUGACACUUUCCGGGGUUUCCGGAAUCACAAACCUCACGAUGUGCUGAGUGCUCCAGGGACAGCAGACCUGACAGCAGACGUGGAUUUCAGCUAUCUUCGGAAGAUGACACAGGGAAGAACAGCUACAUUAGGCCCCAUAAAACAGAGGGAGUUCUUAAAAAACAUGGGCAUCGACCUCCGAUUGCAGGUGCUCUUGCAGAAUUCUCGUGACACAGCAACUCGUGAGCAGUUACUUCACAGCUCUGAUAUGCUGAUGAAUCCUGAGAAGAUGGGGGACUGCUUUAACUUUUUUGCCCUGCUGCCUCACCACAGACUAGUACAUCCUGACAAGAAAGAUAAGCCAGGACCAAAGCCUCCCUUACCACCUGUUGCUGGAUUUAAUGAACUCUCAUUGAAGUAAUUUCAAACACUAUAGAAAAAGGAGUGCUGUUUCAGAGUAAAUCUAGUGCAGCACACUAAACCUUCUGACUGACAGCAGUAUGAGUAGAAAUAAAACACUGCACAUUCAGAAACCAGCACACACAGAGCAGAGAAUUAACAGUGUUUUGGGGGGUUUUAGGGUAGAGCUGAGUGAAUAUUUCCUAGUGGAAUCAAAAUUUGUCAGUAACAAACAGAUAUGCUCAGGAGACUUUAAAUGUACUCAGCUUUGGUACCUGAUUAAAACCAAGAUGCCUUGA